CAUCUUGACAGUGGUUAUCGACGUGUUUUUUCAUUCGAGAUGCCUCCUCGUCGUUGACAGCGAUCCAAGCGGUCAUCUGCUCAGGCCUUGGAGGCCUUGGUCCCCUCCCCUCCGCAGCGUGUCAGGAGACAGAGUUUGGGUCUCGAUGGCUGCUCGUCAUCUUCCACCCAGCAACCCUCCCUUCUGCAUGAAUCCUUAGCAGCACAACCUGGGUCACGAGCAGCAACCUUGUCCCCUGUGCAAUCCCAGCCACCUCCUGCAGCACCAGCAACAGAUCAGCUCGCCGCGUUAACUUCACCUGUAACGGAUCAGCUGGUGUCGCGGGUAAUAGAUGAAGUGACCAAGCGGUUGCAGCCAUUCCUUUCAAAUUUACGCUCAAUUGUCCAGCAAGCACAAAGUCCCCCCUCCAGAUCAUCUCAAGCACCUGCGGUUUCACUCUCUGCGGAACAGUCUACUUCUUUCCAGUCUUUUGGACACAACAUCCAGGGCGUCCAGGGACAUGCUGCCAUCCAAGACACAGUCGAGGUACCUGCUGUUCACGAUGGCGUCCAGUCUGUUCUAGCCUCCCUGUCAGAAUGGAUUGCCCAAAAGAAGUUGCAUAUCGAUCACAGUUUGCACCUGCUGGAUGAUUUUCUCAUUGUCUCCCCCUCUCCUGAUUUGUGUAAACAACAGCUUGAUUUAUUCUUAAAGCUCUGCCAAUAUCUGGGCAUACCUAUGGCGCUGGAAAAAACAAUUGGCCCUUCAUCAACCAUUUCAUUCGCGGGUAUUGAACUGGACUCGGUCCUUAUGGAGGCUCGGCUGCCUCCUGAUAAGCUAGUAAAAUGUCAGGACUUAGUUUCCGGUUUUCUCAGGGGUCGCAAGGUUACUUUACGUGAGAUACAGUCGUUGACAGGUUUAUUGAACUUUUCCUGUACAGUAGUUGUUCCUAGUCGUGCAUUUCUGCGUCGUCUUAUUGAUUUGACAAUCGGUCUUCGGCGUCCUCUUUUCCUUAUCAGGUUGACUCAAGAAGUUAAAGCAGAUCUUAAAGUCUGGCAGCAAUUUCUGUCUGGUUUUAAUGGUCGUUCCUUUUUUCUCUCAGUUGAUUGGGCUAAUUCACACCAUCUCAAAUUGUAUACAGAUGCAUCCGAUGCCAUAGGCUUUGGGGCAGUUUUUGGCGGGCACGAGCUGGCGCCCGCGAGCUGGCGUCAUCGCAACAUAGCAUUUCUUGAAUUUUAUCCCAUUGUCCUAAGUCUGCACCUCUGGACACAUACUAUUAAGAAUCAGCGUGUUUUGUUUUUUACUGACAGUGAAGCAUUGGUCCAUCUUAUUAACAAACAGACUUUUCGUGACAAGGACUUAAUGUUAUUUGUGCGUAAGCUGGUCCUAGUUUGUCUUAAUUACAAUAUUUGUUUUAAAGCUAAGCAUGUCCCAGGCUUACAGAAUAAGUUGGCUGAUUCUCUGUCUCGGUUACAGUUGCAGAUUUUCAAACAACUGGCACCAGCUUACAUGCACAAAGCUCCCACGGUCAUACCUCCUCAUCUGCAGCCGCUGAGUUGGCUUCAAUAGCUUCCUUUUUACUUCGCUCCAGUCUUCAGCCCUCAUCCAUACCAACUUAUUAGCGUGCUUGGAAGCUUUUCCAUCACUUUUUUGUUUCUACCUUUCAUCACCCUUUUCAAGCAUUGCCUAUUUCACCUUCCAUUUUGGCCUUAUUUAUUGCUUAUUUCUUUCGUUCACAGUAUGCUCCAUCCUCUGUGAUGACCUAUGUGUCAUGUUUGGGUUACUGCCAUAAGCUGUAAGGCUUUUGAGAUCCCUCUAAAGUUUUUUAUGUUGCUCAGAUGCUUAAAGGUUUUCACAAAGUUGGCUUUCGCCUUGACAGUCCUCUUCCAAUUACACUGCCCAUUUUAGCUAAAUUAAUUUCUGUGGCACCUUCUUUGGUUGGUUGUCCUUAUGAAAUUUGUCAAUUUCAGGCACUGUGUUCACUGCUUGGGGUGGACACUAUCUAGCUUACCUUCAGAUAGUCUAUUCAAUGGCAUAAUGGUUUACUAUUGCGAUUCGGAGCAUUAGCUUGCAUGGGCGGCUCUUGCUUCUGUGCUGCGCUUGCCUGGGGUGGGGCGGCAUGUGUGCGGUCACAUGCUUUGGCGUUUUCAGUGCCCUCACCUUUACUAGGCCAA